GCAGGACGAAGACGAGGCUGACGAGAGAUAACGAAAGAUGACGGAGGCGGUGUCGAGCAGCAGAGUGAGGGAGCUUCAAGCCAUGCUGUUCCCGGUUCAGCCUAUUCCCGGUAGCAUGCUUUCCGAGCUGCAAGUGCCACAAGAGUUGCAAGUAUCUCAGCUGGAACGUUACGACAGCUCCGUCCUGAGGCGGGAAGUGGAGUCGGCGUUGUUCGCGAUACCUUUGGGUCUGUCCAGGCAUCGAUACUCCAAGGAGACACUCCGGGCAGUCCUCGACGCACGCUGCAUCGUCGAUGGAAGCAUUCAGGAGGCGGCCAGGUGGCCAACCGAGUGUCAGGUGAUUCCAGAGAGAAUUCGUCAUAUCGAAUAUAAUCCCGGUACCCCGGAGGCCUUUUACGUUUCAACGGGAAAAGAACCGAGACCGAAACCGAUCAACGACGAGCUCGGGACGGUGAUCUUUCGCUAUUGCCCGACCAACGUCACCAAUUACUUCAGUCGUUCUUGCGUGGGCGGGAGCACGGUAUUGCCGUUUCCCGCAGAAUUUUCCGGGGAAAGCGCUGGAGAUAACAAGGAGAUAACUAAUGAGAACGAUAUUUUCUUCCUCGCCGAAGCGUCCAUUCGUCCAAAGGAGGACAACACAGAUCUGCGCUUCGAGUCAAGAUUCGAGUCCGGCAAUCUCGGCAAAGUGGUGAAGAUAACCGACACGUAUUAUCAGCUCUAUCUCAGGAGGGAUCUUUACACUCAGAGGCAUACACAGUGGUACUACUUCAAAGUGUCCAACACGCGGAGUAGAAUCACGUACAGGUUCUCGAUUGUAAACAUGUGCAAAGAGGAGAGCCUCUACAACGAGGGUCUCAAGCCGCUGCUCUAUUCCACCGAGGACGCUCGCACCCGGUCCAUAGGGUGGCGGAGAUGCGGCGACAACAUCACGUAUUACCGAAACAACGACUCGUCAGACGAUGAGCGGGAGAGGCACACGCUGUCGUUCAACAUCUCGUUCCCCCACGACCGUGACAUCGUUUACCUGGCCCACUGCUAUCCUUACACGUACACCGACCUGCAGGAGUACCUCGGCAGAAUCGUGGCCGACCCUGCGAAAACUAGAUUCACCAAGCUGCGCCUGCUGUGCCGCAGUCUGGCCGGAAACGGCGUGUACUACUUGACGAUCACCGCACCCACACACGACGAGGAGGCGCGCCGGAAGCGGGGUGUCGUUAUCACCGGCCGGGUGCAUCCCGGCGAGACGCCUUCCAGCUGGACGAUGAAGGGCAUCAUCGACUUCCUCACCGGCGACACGAAUCGCGCCCGAGAGCUGCGGGAGAGAUUCGUUUUCAAGCUGGUGCCGAUGCUGAACCCGGACGGCGUGAUAGUAGGCAACAAUCGUUGCUCCUUGUCCGGGAAGGAUCUGAACCGGCAGUACAGAACCGUGAUGCGAGAGAGCUAUCCGUCCGUGUGGCACACGAAGUUGAUGAUCCGCCGGCUCCUCGAGGAAUGCGGCGUGGCCAUAUACUGCGACCUGCACGCUCACUCGAGGAAGCACAACAUCUUCGCCUACGGCUGCGAGAGCAAACGGGCCGGAUGUAGCGGCAAACUGUCGGAGCAGGUGUUUCCGCUGAUGCUGCACAAGAAUGCAGCCGACAAGUUCUCCUUUGAAAAUUGCAAGUUUCACGUUGAGAAGGGAAAGGAAGGUACUGGCAGAGUGGUCGUGUGGUCGAUGGGCGUACAAAACAGUUACACCAUGGAGGCAUCAAUGGGUGGCUCGAAGAUGGGCUCGAGAUGCGGAACUCAUUUCUCCACGCAGGACUACGAGCAGAUCGGCAAGGCCUUCUGCGAGACCCUUCUCGAUUUCUCCGAUCAGGAUCCCACGAAGUCACCUGAUCGUGACGCUUCUAGAUGACGGAACCAUCAAAUCGACUCUGUCCCGAACGUCAAACGACAGGAGAGACUGCGAAAUAAGAUCAUAGCCAGGCUGACGAAGGAAGGAUCCAACGCCGACGAACCCACCAAUAUCGAUCUGACUGACUACUCCAGCGAUGAAGGGGACACCUCGCAGGAGAGUUUCUCGUCGGACGAUGAGAGGAUCGAGUACACGGACGCCGUGUGGGCCAGCGAGGGUGGCGAGUUCCUGGCGGGUCGUCGCCGAUACCUCUGCGUACCUCCGCCGUCGCCCACGUUCGUCCCGCCGAGGAGCAUCGGCCUCUGUAGAAGGAGAGCGCGGCGGGACGUUGCGGGCAGGAUUUACCUGGAGCGCAGAAGAAUCCUGGCGCGGCGUGCGGUAAUGGACCUGCCGACCACGGAUCCAGGCAGCGAUCUCUGCGAUCUCACCGAUUCAGCAGACGAGGGCUUCGUCAGGAGCGAAGGGCGAGAAUGCGAAGUUAUGUGGAGAAGAACGCCGCGGGAACGUCGCGAGGAAAUCGUCAAUCUCUCCGAACGCGAGACCACGGAGAAGGAGGAGCGACAAGGCAAGACACUGAUCCUGCCGGAGAUCGUAAGACCUCGCAGCGUGUCUUUCGGGGAGAUCCUGCCGCGCAAGGAUCAUCGAAAGGCUCGUCAGCGGACGCGGUGUCUCCGUGCGCUGAGGAAUCCGUCGCCGGUGUCGCCGACGAGUCGAGAAGCGAGGAUGAAGCUGACGUCGUUGAGGCAGCAGAUUUGGACAGGUGUGCCGUGCACCGCCACCGCCCUCGAGUGCAUCGACGCGGGACACCAGGUCGACGCUUUCGUCAAGAUGCCGUUGAGCUGGGGCGUUUCCAGACACGCUCUAACGCACUAUCCCACGGAUGGUGAAGACACGCUAAAAUUGCAGUCCAAAAAGUCGCUGGCUUAUGGCGAGAGCAGAGACGACUCGAGGAAAACGCGGCGGAAGUCGCGGCGUAAACGACAGGGCGCCGCCGCGGAGAGCCUGCCGUCGCAGCUGAAGGAGGUCGUGGGUCGCGCGGACGGCUCGUCCAAGUCGUCGUCGUCGUCGUUGAAGAAGAAGAGCUCCAAGUUCGACUGGCAACGGGCGGUAAACACCAGGAUGAAGGACGUGAGAGGCGCAAAGACGUCGUAUCUCGCGAUCGAGGCAGACUCGCUGAAGCUGCUGGCCGCGUCGACGACGCCGAAGAAGCAGCCGCAGCAACAGCGGCCGCGAAAGCUCGAGCCGCGGAGGAAAUUCCGCGGCGCCGGCACGGUGGCGUCCACGUGCGUCAGCGUCGCCAACAAGGCCGGCGGCAAGGUCGCGAGGCAGCCGCCGAGGACGCCGACGAGCAGAACGCGAUCGCGACGCGACGCGAUCUUCCGCUGCGAGAGCUCGACGUCGGAUGACGCGUCCUCGUCGUACGACACUUCCGGCAAACCGAAGGCCGCGAAGAAAAAACAGAAGAAGAAGAAACAGCAACAAACGUCGAGGAAGCAGGCUCCGACGAGCAGAACGACGGAGCAGAAGAAGCGCGCCUCUAGCGCGAAAAUAUUGCGCGAGAAUGUUUAGAGAAGAAAAAAAUACACAACGAAGUGUUCCCGUAGGUCGUAAUAUAAGAUCUCUACACGGAGAGAAUUUUGUCGAGGAGCAUAUCGCAACAUUCCGUCUUAUUUAAAAAAAUCUACCUUAAUUUAUUAUAUUUCCGUCUUGUGUGCUAUAUAUUUAUAUUUGUAUAUGUGUUUCGUUUGUAUAUUGGAAAAAAAACUGAAGUUUGCAUGUGUGUGCUGAAAAAUUUACUGUACUCUUUUGCAAAAUUUAUUAUGUUCUUAAAAAGUUAUUAUGCUCCUUAGUGAGAUAAAAAUAUGCUGACAGUCUGUUCCUACGCUAUCAAAAGCGUAAUAAAAUUGAAGAAAAUUUAUAUAGCUCUGAUAUCCUUUCCGUGUAUGGAUUCUUCGAAAUCGGUUUGAAGUCAAUUUACUUCUUUUUUCUUCUCGAAAGAAGUCGAGAUUUGAUUAAUUGACGCGAGAAUCGCGUCGUAAUAUAAAUAUACAUUUUAAAAGAUAUAUAU